AUUUGCUUAUUGCGUUUUUUUGUCAUGAAUUGCUAGUUCACAUUUCAGGCCAACUGCGGAGCUUCAUCAUUUAUAAACAUUAUUGUCCCUUAAUUCUGAAUAAUUUUUCAUGAUCAGUGGUAAGGUCAAACAGGAUGGCUGCUUUAUGUUAACUUCUACUGUUAUCCUUAAACCAUUACUAUGAUGGAAUCACUGCAUGAGUUUUAGUGAUUUUUCUCAUACGUUUUAUAUCCAGUGGAUUCCCACUAUGUAAAAUUAAAAGGCUUUUUUACUAUUGCGCCGGAAAUCAUUUUCUGUCACUUAGUUUAUAAAAAUAGAUACUCUGACGGAAUACGCUUACAACUGAAACGCGAACAAGCCUCGGACAGUAAACAGAAAAAAAUCAUGUGAUUUCAGUGAAUCCAAUUAAGCUGGAUAAAAGCCGAAUCCCAAGUUGAAUGAUGUGAUGUAAAUGUGAAUAAAAUCUUCUAAAAUGGCUAACAUGAAUGACUACAAAUAUUUAAAUAUGAAACCAAUUCGUUUUAUAUCCAUUCAGAAUGCCUUUACCUCUAAUCUCCGUACUGCUAGUAUUCAGUUUAUGUCAUUUCGGCAAACUUAAUUCACAGCAAUUCAACCCAAAACGUUCAUUCACUAUAGACUACGGAAAUCAUGUUUUCAUGAAAGAUGGUGCACCUUUCCAAUACAUCUCUGGGAGUAUACAUUACUCCCGCAUUCCAAAAGUUUACUGGCAUGAUCGACUUUAUAAAAUGAAGGCUUCUGGAUUGGAUGCUAUUCAGAUUUAUGUGCCAUGGAAUUUUCAUCAGCCUGAAGAGGACAUAUUCGACUUCACUGGAGAUCGAAAUCUGACGGAAUUUAUAAGCCUGGCAUCAUCAUUAGAUCUUCUAGUAAUAGCUCGAGUUGGACCUUACAUUUGUGCUGAGUGGGACUUUGGUGGACUUCCAGCAUGGCUUUUGCGGGUGAAUCCACUGAUGGAAAUACGCAGCAGUGACCCGGAAUAUAUGAAGUAUGUGAGACAGUGGUUCAACGUUCUAUUACCCAGCAUUAAACCCUUAUUAUAUGAAAAUGGGGGACCAAUAAUUAUGGUGCAGCUGGAAAAUGAGUAUGGCUCGUAUAUACCUUGUGAUCAAAAAUAUAUGACAGAAUUGUAUGAUUUAGGACGUUCUCUUCUGGGUGAAAAUAUUUUAAUUUUCACAACAGAUGGUGCUGACCUACAGCUUCUGAAAUGCGGAUCGUCUGACAAACGUUAUCUAGCUACAAUCGACUUUGGUCCCACAACCAUCCCUGUUCCCAAAGCAUUCGAACCUGUAGAAAAGUUCCGAGCAAACCAACCAUGGGUGAACAGUGAAUACUAUGUCGGUUGGUUAGAUGUUUGGAAAGGUAUCCACAAUCGAGUUGAUCCUAUACGGGCAGCAACUGCACUAAAUCACUUGAUCAGUUAUUCAGAAAGAGUUAAUGUGAAUAUCUAUAUGUUCCAUGGGGGAACUAAUUUUGGAUUUUGGAAUGGUGGAGCCAGACCAAGGCCAUCAAUUACAAGUUAUGAUUACGACGCACCUAUCAGUGAGUCUGGUGAUAUAACAUGGAAGUAUAUGGUUUUUAGGGAAUUAUUAUUUCAGAGAAAAGGUCUAAAGCCACCACAAUUGCCUCAGAAUACAACUAAGAAAUCAUACGGUAAAGUUAAAAUGAUGCUGAAAUCUCACCUGCUGACUACUAAAGGUCCAGUUACGCAGGCUAAUUUUCCAGUACAUAUGGAGCGCUUGAGACAGUAUAAUGGAUACAUGAUCUACUCAGUGCCUUUAACAAUUGAUCAACCCGAGAGGGUUGUUUUAGAUUUCUUCCGUAUCUCAGAUAUUGCUCAUAUUUUUACUGGUGAUAAGUUUGGACGUUAUACAUAUCAUGGCUCACUGGAGUACAAGGAUAAAGUUUUUAAAAUGGAUAAUAUUCACGAUGUACAGAAUUUAACCAUAAUCGCAGAAAAUACUGGACAUAUUAAUUACGGUUUGGAAAUGAUCUAUGAUAAGAAGGGGAUUAUUGGACCAGUAUUUCUUAACAAAAAAGUACUUGAUGUCUGGAAAAUGAUUCCAAUUAAAGAUCCUUUUUCCUUAGAUUAUGUAUAUCAGAACAAAGACACCCUGGUUGAAAGUGAGUGGCCAGUACCUGGACGCAUUUAUCAUGGAACAUUUACUGUCGAUGAACUUGCUGAUACAUUCAUUCAUCCUGACUCUUUUUCACGAGGUAUAAUUUCAAUUAAUGGCUUUCACAUUGGUCGAUUUGAUCAGAUUCAAGGACCUCAGCUUCGACUUUAUGUGCCCAAAUCAUUUUUAAAGUUAGGGGAAAAUCAGCUGGUCAUUACAAUAUUGCAAGGUCCUGUCAACAGUUUCGGCGAACAACAGGUUGAGGUUUCAUUUCAUGAUUCAAUGUUAUGGAGCAAUUAGCUGGGUAAUAUAUAUAUAUAUAUAUACGCAAAUACCGAAGAAAGCUGUGCAUAAAUUGAUGAUUUAUCAGUCGUGGUCUCUAAUAUGUACUCAAUGAACUGAACUAAUAUCUUUUUCUUUUCUUUAACUAUCAUUCUAAUUAAUUGACUUUAAUUCCAUUACGUUGAACUCGCUCCAGAUUCUUGUUAAUUGUUUUUGUUUCUUGCAAAUGACUGUUAUCUUUUCUAAACUAACGUUGUCAUAAGGUUUUUGGUUUCAAUAAUUAUUAUAUUUUAUCAAACAGUCGCAAAUUUUCACUUUCCGAAUUUUGACAACACGAUGGAGGUUUUGACCAAAAUCUGAUGCUACGUAUUACCAAAUACCGAGAAUAUUCAAAAGAAUG